AGGCUUGACGCGUGCGCAGUGCGCGUUUGGCGAGUUCUGGGAGCAGUGGCUACAAGUGUUGGAGGAGCUGAGCUGGUGGAGUGCGGGCUCAUGUGACAGCUGUGUGCUCGGAGCCGCGGCCUGCACACGGAGUGACAGCAUGGCCGCCAACGAGGACCAGGAGAUGGAGCUAGAAGCUCUUCGAUCUAUCUACGAGGGAGAUGAUUGCUUUAAGGAGCUCGGGCCUACUGUUUUCCAGUAUCGGGUUGGUGACAUUGGGGAAGUCAAAGCCUUUCUUGUUGAAAUCUCAUGGCCAGAAAGCUAUCCGGAAACCGCCCCUACCAUAACUAUGAAUGCGUUUUUUAAUAAUCAGAUUUCUCACGCUGUGAAACAGAACAUCAUAAAUAAGUUACAAGAGCAGGUGGAGGCAAACCUUGGUACCUCCAUGAUGUACACGUUAUUUGAAUAUGCCAAAGACAAUAAGGAAGAAUUAAUGGAGAACCAUCAACCAUUCAGCAACAGUACAACAUUAAUAGGAAAUGAUGGCACAGUAGAAGGAACAAAUAUAACUCAAUCAAGUAAGAAAAAAGAGAAAAAGGAGCAGUUAACAAAAUCACAGAAGAGAAAACUGGCAGAUAAAAUAGACCACAAGGGAGAACUACCACGUGGAUGGAACUGGGUUGAUGUCAUUAAGCAUCUGUCUAAAACUGGCUCCGCCGAGGAUGACUAGAAAUCAUGAAGAGUCUUUUUAAUAACAAACCAUGACUGCAGUUCAUCAUCUACACAUUUUUUUUCUUAUUUUACUUUGGUAAUUUAUU